AUGGCGUCCAUGGGGGGAUUAUGGGGUUCAACAACCCUGCGUCUCCUUCGCGUCGCCGUGUCCCGGACCGCCUCGGCUUUCCGGACCAGGGUGGCGAAUGCGUCGAAACCACGACUACAACCCAUUCCGAUUCAAACUACUGGGAGGCAGCCGCUGCACCCUGCCGCCGUGCUGAAGCAGAGGCGUGCCGGAGGAAGCUCACGCUGGUUCUCCAGUGGCACGACGAACCGCAUCGACAGUAUCGUACGGAGAUACUUUAGCUCGUCCGGGGGCUCCGCCCCACGCCUCGACCGCUCCAAGCUCCCGCGUUCCAAGACGUCGCAGCGUGUGGCCCAGUUCUCCGGCCGCGCCCCUUUUGCGAGCACUUUGCGGCCGAACCUCACGGGCGGCGCUAUGCCCCGAACCGCUGGUGGUUACACCCUCGGCGGCGGAGGCGGCGCCCGGUACUUCUCUCACGGUCCCGCCGCGCCGGCGCAGGUCGUCCAGAACGUCUCCCAGGCCAUGAGGGCCUUCUUCCUGUCUGGCCAGAAGUUGCGCUAUGACGGUAUGGGAGCGCGAGGUGAACACAAGUACCGCGCCGUGUCAGACCUCGAGGACAAGGCCAUGAACAAGCUAGCUGCUAUCCACCGCAACAGCCCCGGCGCUUUUGUCGACUUCCAACUCAGCCCCACCAUGACGGCUCUGAGCCCCCUAGCUGCCGCCAUCUCCGGUGCCGGCGCUUCUACCUUCAACGGCGGUGCCCAGGCUACCGAGGUCAUGACCAGCCUUAAUACUGAUGGCUUCCUCGACGUCUUGUCCGCUGAUUUCGGACGUGCCCUCAAGGAGCUGACGGCCGUGUAUGCGGAUCUCAGACGCCUCGCGGUGCUGGGAGACUUGCCCAUCACCAUGGAGAAGCACGGCACGAUUCGCGUGCGCUUCCCUGGUGUCGACGCCGAGACUGCCACCCGAUUGUGUGAUGACAUUGGCCUCCAGCGGGGUAUCGUCGGCGAGGACGCAGACCUUGAGGCCACCGUUGGCCAUGACGAUACCUCGGGAGGUCUCAAGUUCCCGUUUGCGCCCGAGUCUUACCGCCCACAGUCUAUCACGUGGUUGUCUGAUGGCUCCCUCGAACGUCACGAUGGCAUCUCAUCCAUAGAGUACGAGGACUGUUUUGUCUAUGACUCCUCCGUCGCUGAUGAUAAGGGCCUUGAUAUUUCGGACAUGGACAGCUUUGAAAGCGUGUCUCUUCCCGAGAGCUCCGGUGAACAUGCAUCGGCGAGUUUCGAGGGCCUCGAGGGCAUCUAUUGGUUCAUCGAAGAGUGCGAUCGAAACAUUGGUCGACUUGGUUAA